AUCCAAAAAAAAAAGGGAUAAGAGUAAUGUCAAAUAAGCAAUUACGUUGGAGAAAAAGGAGGUAGUAAUAGCAAAACCAGACACGUAGCCGACGUAGGUGGCGAUUUCAACAAGAAUUGGCAAUUCGAUUUUUGAUCAUCAUUUAUUAUUUAAACUAUCGUUCAGACUGAAUUGAAAGACAAAAAACAGGAGUAAUCAAUCAAGUAAUAAUUACGGCGAUGAGGCGUGCAAUUACAUCUGCUGUCAAAUCUGUCACGGCUAAUUCUGCAAGAUCAUCUUCAUCUUUCUCCAGAAAUCUUCAAGGUUCUUCGGGUAGUAGCAAGAAAAUUGUAGGUGUCUUUUACAAAGCAAAUGAAUAUGCAUCAAUGAAUCCCAACUUUGUGGGUUGUGUGGAAGGUUCCCUGGGGAUACGAGACUGGCUGGAGUCGCAGGGCCAUGAGUACAUUGUUACGGAUGACAAAGAUGGACCCAAUUCUGAACUAGAAAAGCAUAUGUCUGAUCUCAAUGUUCUCAUAACAACACCUUUUCACCCUGCCUAUGUUACUGCUGAGAGGAUCAAAAAAGCAAAGAACUUGGAAUUAUUACUCACCGCUGGAAUCGGGUCUGAUCACAUUGACCUGGAGGCUACAGCUGCUGCUGGUCUUACAGUUGCAGAGGUAACUGGAAGCAAUGUUGUCUCUGUCGCUGAAGAUGAGUUAAUGAGGAUCCUCAUUCUCGUCAGGAACUUCUUGCCAGGAUAUCAUCAGGCUAUCCAAGGGGAGUGGAAUGUUGCGGGUAUUGCUUACAGAGCUUAUGACCUUGAGGGCAAGACUAUUGGAACUGUUGGUGCAGGACGGAUCGGAAAGCUUUUGCUUCAGAGACUGAAGCCAUUUAAUUGUAAUCUUCUGUAUCAUGAUCGUAUCAGGAUGGACCCAGAAAUGGAGAGUCAGACAGGAGCAAAGUAUGAGGAGGAUCUUGUAAAGAUGCUUGGCAAAUGCGAUGUGGUUGUCAUGAAUACUCCUCUUACCGAGAAGACCAAAGGAAUGAUUAACAAGGAGAUGAUUUCAAAAAUGAAGAAAGGAGUGCUAAUUGUUAAUAAUGCUCGUGGAGCACUCAUGGAUACCCAAGCUAUUGUUGAUGCUUGCUCAAGUGGUCAUGUUGCUGGGUAUAGUGGAGACGUUUGGUAUCCACAACCAGCUCCAAAGGAUCAUCCUUGGAGAUACAUGCCGAAUCAUGCCAUGACCCCUCAUAUUUCUGGCACAACUAUUGAUGCUCAGUUGCGCUAUGCUGCUGGUGUAAAGGAUAUGCUGGACAACUACUUUAAAGGAGAAGAUUUCCCUCCUCAAAACUACAUCGUCAAGGAGGGUGAAUUAGCAUCCCAAUAUCGCUGAUCAUAUGCUUUUGCGGAUAUUUAUGAAUGGUUAGUCUGGUAUAAUCAGGCAUCUUGUAAUAAGAAUUCCUAUCUAAAUGAAGGUACCUGAAACUGCGUAUUUGCGACAGGCCUUACUUAUAUAAUUUGAGCUCUUUGCUCCCAUUGCUUGUUAAUUGAUAGAUCUCAAAUAAGUUGGUAUGUUAUGCCUUCUUAAAGUUUGAUUUUCAUUGUCAGUAAAUGUGAAGUAAGUAUCUUUCAGUUCAAUGAUGUAUCAGUGGAGUUGAUGUUCUUAACAUCCGUAAUGUGGUGGAAAUUGUGAUAGUAUUAAAUAGUGAAUUAUGCAGGGUUUUUCUAAGAGAUCCAAUAUUCACACUACUUGUUUUAAAA